UGCUUUCUCGGAGGUCAAAAUUAAUCAAGAUAAAGGCAAUUUUUUUUAUUUUUUUUACUGUUUUUUCCCUUUCUUUUUUCAAUUAUAACAACACAAACAAAAAACAGAAAAAAUGUCCCAACCAAGAAGAUCAUUCUCUAAAGGCCCUAUGACGGGUUCAGACGCACAAAUCGAAGCUAUCGAAGAGCUGAGACAUCACUUCAAAUUAUCCACAGACGAACUCAAGAAAUUUCGUGAUGAUUUACGUGCCGAAAUGGAACUUGGUUUGAAAUCCGAUAAAUCCAAUAUGGGCAUGUUGCCUUCUUGGGUGUUUAAGCAUCCCACGGGUCAAGAAACAGGUGAAUACAUUGGUCUCGAAUUAAGUGGUUCCAAUAUUCGUAUUUACCUUGUAAAUUUGCAUGGUCAAGGUCGUAUUAGUACGCGUCAACAAAAGUAUGUUAUUGCCGAUCAUUUAAAGAAGGGUUCUAUUACACAUAUGAUGGAUUUCUUGGUAGAAUGUGUGGACUCUUUCUUGUCAUUUGUUGGAAAAUAUGAUAUCAAAACUCCCUUGGCAUUGGGCUUUGUAUUAUCUUUCCCUUUGGAACAGUCUGCUAUUAACAAGGCUGUGGUGAUUCAAUGGACAAAAGAUUUUGAAGUGACGGGUGCUGAUAAUAAGAAUAUCGCAGAACUCUUACAAAUUGGAUUCAGACGUCGUCAUAUCAAUGUAAAUGUAGAGGCUGUGGUCAAUGGUGCGGUAGGUUGUCUCUUGGCUCAUUCUUACCGUAGUUUAGAUACCUUGAUGGCUUGUACAAUUAGUACAGGAACAAAUGCUGCUUAUUGGGAAAAGGUGGAGAAUUUCGAAAGGGUCAAUUUCGAACUUCCUGCCAAAGCUGACGGAUAUACACCUAUUAAUACUGAAUGGGGAGCUUUUGCUGAUUCUAACCUUGCUUUAUUGCCUCGUACCUUCUAUGAUAACCGUGUGAACCGUCAAUCUGUCAACCCCGGUGUGCAUGUAUUCGAAAAGAUGGUGUCUGGACUUUAUUUAGGUGAAAUUGCACGUAUUAUUCUCGUGGAUUUCCUUGAUCGUCGACUUAUCUUUGACGGACAAUAUACCAACGAGUUAAACACACCUUAUCGAUUCGAAGCUUCUUACAUGAGUGCCAUUGGUGCUGAUGAUACACCUGAUUUGGAAGCCACCAAGCACAUUCUUGAAUCCAUCAUGAACUUUCCUUCCACAACCCUUUCUGAUCGUCAGAUCACAAGAACUAUUUGUGAGUUGGUUUCUCAACGUGCUGCUCGUCUUGUUGCUGCUGCCAUGAGUGCCAUUAUUGAUAAGACCAAUGCUUUGGAUCAAGGUUUAACCAUUAGUAUGGAAGGUGCUGUUUAUGAACAUUUCCCCAAUUUCCCUAGACGUGUCAAUGAUGCUUUGAAGGGUAUCUAUGGUGACCGUGUUGAUCACAUUAACGUCGGCAUCACGCGUGAUGGUAAUGGUAUUGGUGCUGCUUUGGCUGCUAUGCUUGCUAGUACCCAAAAAUAAUCUACUCAUUUAUUUAAGUUGACAUGUAUAAAACAUCCCCCUUUUUUCUCUUAAUUACAUAAUAAAUACGGAUGGCAUCUCUUGGUAUUGUUAUCAAGCAGAUCCAUGUCGUGUAACUAUAAAACUAAA